UUUGGGGCAGUUCAGUUCAGACCCGGCCCCGGACCCAGACAUCCCAACCCGUAUUUAGGAAAACAUAGAUAAGACUAAAACCCGGAAGCUAAUUGCUGUUAUUCGCGAUGGCCGAUGGCUUUAAGAAGUAUUUCAAUGGCUCUACAAUGAGCGGCCGUGCGAAUGUUGCGAAGGCCACAUAUGCAACCCUGGCGCUCGUCUAUUUGUUCUACCGCGUGCGCCGUGGCAAGGGCCAGCCGGCGGAGGGCAAGGAGCCGCCAAACUGCAGCUGCGAUGAGAAGAAGAAGAAGCAGAUGAAAGAUGCAAGCGGUCGCGACUGUAGCGUUUGCCGAGAGCGAAAACCACGCGAGGAUCGUUGCUCGAAAGAACCACCACCRCCACCGCCACCAUCAGCGUCGGGGAAGUGUGAGCCGCCAAAGCGUCGCAAGUGCCCUUGUGACGCGACCAAGCCACAGCAUACGCAGCACCAUCCACAGAGCAAUCCGAAGGCCCACAGUCAGCCGGCAACAGCGAGCUUCGCUGCCAGCCCGGAAAAUGUGGACGAGGCGCAUCCGACACGUGAGCUCAUCACACAGAUGCACGAGGCUGCCUCCCGGGUGCUCCGCAAUGUGAUUGGCGCCGUUAUUGGCGAUACGGCGUCUGGCGGCACCCGCAGCGUCGACACCGACGAAAAUGGCAACCGCGCCACGAAAGCACUCCCCACGCCUGCUGCUGCCGCUGUGGCUCCGCCAGCUGCAUCGAGUCCUCCGGUCAGUAUAAACGAACCCGGCGACCAGCUGGAUGACGAGGGCAGCGACUAUGAUCCCGAUACCCAGCUGCUCAGCCGCCAGCGACGCACGGCACCGCGCGCCUGUGUGCCCAGCAACACCAGCAGCGAUCCCGAUGCGGCCGUCCAGCUGGAAGAGCUUGCGGCCGUGACGCAAUCGCAAACGGAAUCCCAAACUGUGUCCCAACUGCAGCCGCCGCCGAAGGUGCUGUCCACCUCCAUCACGCAGUCGAAGCCACAAUCUCAACCGCAUCACAGGUUCCGCUAUUUCGAGAACGACUUUGCGUCAGAGAUGUUCUUCGAGGACUUUGAGGAUUAAGAUUUGUCAGGGGCUAAAUCCGUGGUUAACGGCUUAUAUAUCUAUCCAAAUUCUCAAUACAAACGAACUGUUUAUUAAAUUAAACCGCAGCAAAAAUUGCUUUAGUCUUGACCAUAUAGCAAAACUA